AUGAUAGAACUUAAAUCACUCAUGAGAAAAAAGGAAAAUAUAUCGGAAGUAAACAAAAUUUAUAAUCCAGACUAUAAAUUUUUUUCCGAAACGGGUCAAAAUGUCAAAACCCUAAAUCAUCCCCGUUUGACUCAUCCAAAAACGUUUUGGAGCAAAUCGGAAGACGAAGAUUUUUUUCCCAGCCGCAAUCAGAAAACAAUUCAAAAUGAAUUUAAUCAGGAUAUAACCGGCCUAAAUGUUUUUAAGCCUAUCGAAUCACAAAUUUAUAAAUCGAAAGAUAAUUUGUAUAAAUCGGAAAAAAAUAAAACGAAAGUGAAAAAGAAAAAUAAUAAAAAGGAAACAAAUGAGAAAAGCAUUCACGAAAGUUUAAAAAUGCAAAAAAUGAAAAGAAGAAAAAGUUUACCAUUUCCGUGGAGGGAAAAAAAUUCGAUUCAAACGGGAAAAAAAAAUCCCUUCGAUAUCGGUUACUACUCGACGGUGAGAAAACGAAAAACCGAUGAAGGAAAUUCGGAUUAUUAUUUAACAUCCAUAAAUAAAAAUUCAAAAGUCGUUAAAUCAGUUUCGGACGAAUGCUUAUACGAAAGUAAUCACGAACGUCAUUUAACCGACGGAUUCUUAAAGGUACAAAGGUCAAAAUGGAACAGGCUCUCGGUCACGGAACCUAAUUCUCCUUAUCCCAGUAAUUCCUCAAUAAAUUCUAAAUUAACUGAAAAAAAUCACGGGAUUUCCGAUUCGGAAUCAACGGAAAGCGAAAGUCCAGAAUUUGACGUUAAAAAAUCAAUUUCCACAUCCGUUCAUUGGGAAAAUAAAAAAAAAAAAAAAUGGAAACAUUCAAAAAUAUCAAACGUUCAGAAUUCAUCGAUGAGUUCACCUUCCAGUUGCGAUUCUUAUUAUAAAAGCAAAACUCAAAACUUUUCCUCCUCGCAGGGAUCCUUUACAAAAAACUCAACAUUUUCCCAUAAGAAUUAUUUUCUGGAUAGGAAAAAUAUUUAUUUAGAUAAUUCGAAAGAAACAAAGAAUUUUAACAAAAUCGGAGGAGGAGAAACAAAUUCUAAAACAUUAAUAAAAAAAUCAGAAAAUUCGUGUAAAAAAAUCGAUCCGGAUAUUUUUCAACAUUUACUAGAAGCUCUCAUGCAAAAAAAUCGUACGAAAGAAUUGAUGUCUCCCCAAAAAAAAAAACUUUUUACAAAAUCAUUACCGCGACGUUUUUUAAAAGAAAAGUCCGGGGAAACGCCGUCGAGAAAAAAAGAAAGUUGCGGUAAAUCAUGCGAAAGUCAUACGGAAAUGGAACGACGAGAAAAUAAAACAAAAGAAAUAUUACAAAUGGAAUCGUACCUUAGAAGAAGAAAAUCAGAAGAAGGUAUGACGAAGAGAAGUAACGAAAGUCGUCUUGCAUUCAAAUCCGAGGUAGUUGGAGGUAACAACGUGACGUUGGAAAAAACAUUUAAAAGUCAAAAAUCGAAAAAUCGAAUCGACGAAGAAUGCGUUAUACAAAUCGAAGAUAAAAAACUUUGGAUGGAAAUAUGUAAAGCCGUAGAAAAAGUCGAUGCUGCAAGAGAAAAAAGAGAAAAAAAAAAAAUUUAUUAA